AACCGCGUAAAAAAAAACCGCGUAAAUUCCAAAAUCCGCGUAAAAAAAAACCGCGUAAAUUCCAAAAUCCGCGUAAAAAAAAACCGCGUAAAUUCCAAAAUCCGCGUAAAAAAAAACCGCGUAAAUUCCAAAAUCCGCGUAAAAAAAAACCGCGUAAAUUCCAAAAUCCGCGUAAAAAUAAACCACCCUAAAUUUUAAAAUACACGUAAAAAACUAAUAGUCAGUGAAUUAUUGAUAUAAAAUGCAACCCAUAUUCAAACAAAUUGCAUAUUGUGUGCAUAUAUUGCGUGACACAAGGCUUCACGAAGGUAGCUCCUUGGCCGAUUGCAUGUAAAUACCUGUUUAACCGUUUGAGUGCGGAGAAGCGCGAUAGCGCUCCUCUUGUUUCUGCGGGGAGCACCUUUAAACAUAGGAUUUUGUCUUUCUGGAACAUGUUGGGGGUACAGAUUGAAAAUGUCCAGAUUCUACCGCUUAUUGCUCAUCCAUUUUUCGAUGGAUUUAACACGUUAAGCCCCGAUUUUUUCGUGCUCUGCUUCCCAUUCAGCGCGCAUCAAGAGCGUUUGAACAAUAUAAGUGUCGGUCCCAGCUCCCGAAGAUACUUAUUGUAUAAAUAAAAAACAGUCAGAGAUUCAACUAGAAAGUAGUUACAAGUAGGUUUUUACGCAUUUUAUGCCUGUUUUAUCUUUGAAUUAUCUGUAAAUCGCUACAAGUUGUUGUUCCGUCCAACGUGCAACAACCGAGUGGUAAGUAAAGAGCUGUUUGGUUAGGUGGCAUGACCAAAAUACGUAGAAGCAUAUUUUAACCCUGCCUCAAAUUACUAUUUUAACAACAAAUUUCAAAUGUAAGAGUAUACAAACUGUUUCUACAGUAUCUUAUAUAUGUAUUGGCUACAUUGAAUUGUUCUAAAAGCAUACCUAUCUGUUAUAUGGUCGGUGUUAAGUCAGACCGGGCCAUGUGACAUUUUUAUGAUUUCGAGAAAACGAACAUAAAGUUUAAUGCUCUGCAAUUUACAAAGCAUUUAAUUUUUUCGUUCAAUAUUGUUCUCAGAAGUUUGAGCUACUCUCUGCCAAUACUGUGAUGUAUGAUAGUUGUAAAAAAACAUCAAGUAUCAUGCCAAAAAAGGCUGUUAUUUGGCUGCCUAUACGUACAAAGUCCGCUCUGACUGAACUAAAUGAUGUAUUUUUUGAGAGUUGGUUCACUAUGACUGAACAAUUCCGAACAGUAUUCGUCAAUAUAUCGUCAAAUUUGAACUCAUUGUCAUCGUUACAGCCUAAAUCGCACUCUGAAAUAGUAUAUUUUGCGAUCAUUCACACUGCAUUUUUCACUGAUCCGUUCAGUCGGAGUGAACCAAUUUUAUUUUUAUGCAGUCGGGCACAGCGUGUGUUGGUGAUGGCUAGCUCAUAGUUGCGCUGUGGGAGGGGUACUCGUGGUUUGUGGGGUCGUGUGCAAAUUAUGUGUGCUGCUAGAUGCUGUCGCUUCAGUUCGUUCGGUGUGGAACUGAACACAUAUAAAAGGACGAAAUCGCAUUAAGAAGUUAUUCGUGAUUUAACCUUGCAGUGAAAGUUAAAGUGAAAGUGCAGUUCCUGAACCGUGGUGGUUGUAGAGUCUAGCCAGUUUGUGUUCGGUCGAGUUCGGCCAGUUCCCAGCGAGUUACCCAACCUUGGGGGUAAUCGUGUGCAGUUCCGCUUUUCGACAGUUAGCUGAAGACGUCAGCAGUAUUCAAAAUUUUUGAUUAAAGGCAUACUCUAAAAUGGCUUCGCAAAAAACCGCCUUCAAAAAAAACAGAUCAAGAGUGUCUCUUUCUUUGGAAAUGAAGCUCAAUAUUUUGGAUGCCCUUCAAGAUGGGAAAUCUGUUGCAAACGUCGGCAGGAAUUUAAAAAUCAACGAAUCGACUGUGCGUACAAUUAAAAAGAAUCAAGAUAGCAUCAGACAGACAGCAGCUCAGGGCACUAUCUAUGCAACAAAAUCCUCAUCAUAUACACGAGAUCCAUUGAUGGUCAAGAUGGAAAAGGCACUUCAUAUGUGGAUCGAAGAUCACGCGCAGAAGAAAAUACCCUUGGAUCAGGAAUUAAUAAGGGAGAAAGCUUUGAGCCUUUACCUUUGGUUAGAGAAGAAUGAGCCGUCUUCAAGUAAAAAGAAAGACUUUACCGCGAGUAAGGGAUGGUUUUAUAACUUUAUACGUAGUAAUUCCAUUCGCAACGUUAAAAUCAAGGGUGAAUCCGCAUCGGCCGAUGUUUCGGCUGCAAAUAGUUUUCCUCCAAAGCUCGCUAAGAUCAUAAAAGAAGGUGCGUAUCAUGGUGACCAAGUGUUCAAUGGAGAUGAAACGGGUCUUUUUUGGAAAAGAAUGCCGUCUCGUACCUACAUUACGCAGCAGGAGCAAUAUGCCAGUGGUUUCAAAGCGGCCAAAGACAGGGUUACCCUGUUAUUUUGCAGUAAUGCUUCAGGCGACCUUAUGUUGAAACCGCUAUUGAUCAAUCGUGCUAUGACGCCCCGCUCGUUGAAGGGGGCUGAUUUCAACAAACUGCCAGUGCACUGGAAAGCUAACACUAAAGCGUGGGUCACAAAAGCCGUUUUUGAGGAAUGGUUUUACGAUAUGUUUAUUCCGGAAGUGAAAACAUACUUGGAAGGAAAAGGUUUGGAGUUCCACGUGCUUUUGAUUUUGGAUAACGCUCCAGGACACCUAGUUAUCAAGCACCCAAACGUUCAAGUUGUGUUUCUUCCACCGAAUACAACUUCUUUGUUACAGCCUCAAGAUCAAGGAAUAAUUGCUGCUUUCAAGAAGUUGUACAUUAAACAAUGUCUUCGGUACAUCCUCGAAAAGCUUGAAAGCGAUGAAACGAUGACGGUAAUUCAAGCGUGGAAAGAAUUUAAGAUAAGAGACGCUCUGACGUUCAUAGGAAAGGCUCUGUCUUCUAUGAAAUCUAAAACAUUGAAUUCGUGCUGGAAGCCACUAUGGCCAGAAUGCGUGAAAGCUGGUUCAACAGACCCUUCAAAUGUGGAAGAAUCAGAAAUUCUCAUUCUGGCACAUGCAAUUGGAGGGAAAGGAUUCAAAGAUAUGGAUAGUAGAGACGUUGAAGAGCUUCUUGAAGACACCGAAAUUGAAGAUGAUGAACUGAUGCAGAGUUUAGUCACAUCGGAGCCUUUAGAGGACGAUGAAGACCGGGAUAUCAAGCCAUGUGAUAUCGAAGACGGGAAUAAAUUAGCGGAUACCCUCGUAAAACAUUUUAUGGAAAAGGAUCCUUGUGUUGAGAGAGCCGUUUCAUUUCGGAAUGAUUUGAAACUGUGUAUGCUUCGCUACAAUAGAUUGAACGAAAAAACACAGCCAACAGUUAUCGAUGAAGAUGACGAGGAUUUCAGCUUACCAUUGGAACGCAGACGAUCUCGUCCGAUUUCUUCGGAUGAGGAAGAUAUCGCCACAUCAUCUAACCGCAAACAUCCACGUGUUGCUAAUGAUAGUGAUUAGAUCAAUAAAAGAAAUUCUUUUUUCCACUUGACUACAAUAAAAUUGAUUUAUGAAUACAUUGGUAAAAAUAUCAUGGUAAAAAACUAAAAAUAUGUUUAAUUAAAUUUGUCUAAAUUCCGAAAACAUUUGUUUGUAUUGUAAUUUUUUCAAAUUGCAAAAAUGCAAUUUGAAAAAAUUACUUUCGAACUACUGGACCGCUUCACAUGAUCGAUAUAUCAAAUUAAAGCCAAUUAGCUAGUCUUUCUUGAAAAAAUGUUAUACUAGCAAAACAGUUGGAUUUUGUUUUCGUAAUUAUUGAUUGUAUUUGUUUGCUUAUAGUUUACAUGAUCCAAGGACGCUAUAUUUUUUUAUGUUUCUUGAAAGUUCUGGUUUUUCCACACAAGAUAAUCGAAAAUCAGAAAUGUGAUUUUUAUCGUUUUCGAGUUAUGAGUUUGCCGAUGGUCCGAAAAAUCAGAUUUUUCUCUUUUUCUAUAAAUAACUUUUUUCUAGAAAGAAGAAGCUUUCAAGAAAAAAAUAUUUAAAAUAUAGUGCCCUUGGUCACGCAACCAUAUAAACUAUAAAAAACAAGUACAAUCAAUAGUUACGAAAACUUGGCAAAAUUGGUUGUACUGUUCGAAAAAUGAGAAAAAAUGUUACUCUAUGUUUCUAUAUUUUGUAUUUUAUAUGAAACAUCUAAAUUGGUAAAUUUUAUCAACAAUUAGAGCGACAAAAACUCUAAAGUUUUUAAUUUGUUAUUAAUUUUAUCAAAAAAAAAAAUGCAUAAUAAACUUGAUUGUUUCUUGAAAUUUAAUUGAAGCUUUCUGAACGCUCUAUAAUUUGUUCUUCGACAUCUAGCUCCUAUAUUUUCUUAUUCCGCAGCAAUAUCAUUUUAAACAAUUCCUGGUGAGUCUUCAAUUAGAAUUUCCUAAUUACCACGGUUUUUACUCCAUUGUACUUAUAAUAUCCAAUAAACUUUCACCUUAACUUUGAAAUAUUACUUUUUUUCUUUCUUGAAAAAAGGCUAUUUGAGAUAUAAGACUUUUUUUUCAAACUGAGUGUAUUAUAGUCCAAAAUUGUAUAUAAUCGAACCAUAGAUAAUCGUGUCAGUAUAUAAUCGACUCUGUAUAUAAUAGAGUGAAUAUAUUACUUCAGAAAUCCGGUUUCAUUAUUGUGGUUUUAGUUGAAAACCUGACCAAGAAAAUUCAUUUUGCUUUCGUUGGAUUGCGCCUGCGAACUAUGUGCUACAAGAACGGAGCUUACAAACAUCUUUACAUCAGUUGCUCCACAAUUGGACUGUACUUGCAUCCUAAUUUGUGGACUAUUGCUGUAUUUGCCUGAAAAUAUAGUAUCCAAACUACAGUUCGGAAUAUGAAUCAUGCGUCGAAACUUGAUUCAAAUUCCGAUCACUACUUUAAUACUAAUUUUAAAGAAGAUGUCUGCAUAAAAGAUUUCUAGUAGAUCCAUACCUUUUAUAGCACUUAACAUGAAAACAGCAUACAAAAUAGUUAUACAACUACAAAAACUGAAAAACUGCGGAAUUUGCUAACGCAAACAAUGUGUUAUUGGUUUCGACACAUUUUUUGCAAAUGCUUAGUCUUAUGAAUUAUAAGCUGUAUCGAUACCUGUAAAUGUUAUUUGAAUGUAGCCAAUACCUCAAACAAUGUCAAGGCUUUCAUUAUUCUAUUAUUUAUAACAUUAAAGUUUAGUAAAUUUACAUUUGAAAAUUAAGUGUUCGGAAUUUGAGACAAAACAGUACUUUGAGCUCCAUCAACCAAAUGUGUCUAUCUUUUGAGUCGUAGUAAAUGAUAUCUGCUUCUAUGAAAUGCUAUAAUAUGCAUGAACAAAUUCAGUUCAGAAAAAAGCAAAAAGCGUUUGAACUUUUUCACCGUGGAGAAAUAUUAGGUUGUCUUAUGUCCGAUUGGGGCAGUCUUUCUUUGGAAAAAGUAAAUAGCCUUUGUGAAUCACGAAUAUACAUAUUUUUACUGGUAGAUGAAGAACAAUCGCUAAGAUCGGACGCAAAUAGAUAGCAUCCUUUUCUCCAGAAUAGUAAAAAAAAACUUGAACCCUCGAAACUGUAUUUAUUUCUAUACAAACAUUUGAAACAAACCAUCUCGAUUACUACGGCAAAAAACUUCACCACAUAUGGUUAAGGGUGCUUCAAGUAACUCAAUUUUCAAAUUAGGCUUUUCAAAAGGAAUUACAUUGCUUAAAAGUGGUAUCUCUCAUUCGUUCAA